AUGGAUAGCCACAACAUUCUCACCACCUUUUGGUACAUCGUCGGAGCGUGGUGGCUGCUGUUCGCAACUGCGAUUGCGUUGUUCAUCCAUCAAUGGAUUCGUGUUGAACACCAUCCUCUAUCACGCCUCCCUGGAACCUGGAUCUCUAAAUGGAGCAACAUCCCAGCGUGGAUAGAAUUGGUCAAAGGCAGGCAGCCUGUAUACAUCCACUCCCUCUUUGAAAAAUAUGGACCCGUGGUGAGGAUCGGGCCAAACCAAGUCUGCUUUUGCGACAUGGCCUCCUUGAACCAGAUCUACAACGUCGAGGAGAAAUUCGUCAAAUCCUACCUGCAUGAGGCGUUCGUAGGGUCACCUGCACCCAACGUCUUCAGCACCGCAGAAGUGGAGGUGCACAGGCGACACCGAAAGCUCUUGGAGCCUGUGCUCUCUGAGAGCGCUGUGGCUCAGUUGUACCCUUCUGUCAAGUCCAAAAUCGACCUGGCCAUCCAGAGGAUAGGGGAAGAGACGAGGAGGGAAGGGUCGUCUGAUAUUUACAAGUGGUGGACCUUGACCGCUGCUGAUGUCUCUGGGGAGUUGACACUGGGACAGUCGCUUGGGAUCUUGGAAAAUGGAAAGAAAGACGAGUUCAUCGAAGAACUGCAAGACGGUUCCAUCCUGACCUUGGCCCGCGUCAUCCUCCCCUUCAUCAUCCCCAUAGCAGAGUACAUCUCCCUAGGCCCCGUCACCAGGGCCUGCACGGCCAGAAAAAAGACCUACCAGCGCUCCCAGGAGAUCCUCUUCAAGCACAGAGACGCCGCCAAGGCCGACCCAAGCAGCCUGCCCCCGUCCCUCUUCGCCAGGUUCCUCGCCGAGCAGGACCAGGAGAACCUCGACCCGCUCGAGGUCGUGAGCAACGCGGUGACCUUCCUCGCCAACGGCACAGACACCACGGCCGGCACGCUCACGUAUCUGGUCUGGUCCGUGUGUCGGCACCCGGAAGUGAGGGUCCAGCUGUCGGAAGAGCUGGACGAGCUGCCGGAGGGGUUCGACGACAGGCAUCUGAGGAGGCUGACUUAUCUGAACCAAGUCAUCGAGGAGACCCUGCGGCUGUAUCCUGCUGUCGCGGGUGGCCUGCUGCGGACGACGCCCCCUGAGGGUGCACAGAUUGGCGGGUAUUGGAUCCCUGGGGGCACGACUGUGAGUUGCCAGGCGUAUAGCAUGCACCGGGACCCCAAGAUCUUCCCUAACCCCUUUGUGUUCUACCCUGAGAGAUGGACAGAGCCAUCGACAGAGAUGAGGAUGGCAAUGAUGGCCUGGGGUGGUGGCGCGCGAACCUGCCUCGGGAUUCACCUCGCUCGUAUGGAACUUCGUCUAGGCGCGGCCCUUUUCUUCCGCGCUUUCCCUCAGGCUCGGAUCUCAGACACUGCUGGCAUGGCGGACGGGGACAUGGAGCCAGAGAUGAUCUCGUUCACGACACCCAGGGGACACAAGUGUCUGAUGGAGUGCAAGUGA